AAUUUCUUUCUAGAAGCUACAGGCCUUACGCUCGUCCUCUACGCCCUUCCCCGACAAACAGGCUGCCAUGGCACAGCCCCAGCCCGCACAGAACCACGGGGUAUACGAUCUGGACGAUGAUUCGGCCUUCAACGAGUGCGAGGCAAGGCUGCAGGAGGCUCCAACGGAGAACUUCAUUGUCAGCUUCGACAGCACCGAGGCCAAAUGUGCCGUCGACAUCGGGCGCGACGGCGUCCUGGAGUGGCUGCAGCCCGACCGUCGCAAUGCGAGUCAAGCCUUGUGGUUGAACUUCUGGGCCUCCGAAUCACAAAAACCCAUCAUCGAGGAAGUGGCCAGGAAGUACGACCUUUCUCCCAGGCUUGCAGGCCUGCUAUGCCAGGCUAUUACUCCCCCCGGGGAAGAGAAGAGCGUUGCGUCCACGGGCAGCGAUACAUCACGUUCUUCCACCUCCGCACCGCAGAAGACCCCCCGGGCACAGGCCACCGACAUUGAGAAAGGCCUGCCCCUCCAAUCGGCAAACCUACAACCGGCAACGGACCUGGGCGAUCUGGAUGGCUUGACGUUUCAUAGGGUGGUGAGGAACCUGUGGCAUUUCUGCUCCGUCGACUUUGGCCGCCGAUAUAUCUACAUCGGCUUCAACGCGUUGUACUCUCUCCCCAAGGCCAAGGAGGCGACAACUCCGGAUGCCGGUGCACCUGCUGAUGACACUGCCAACAUGUCACGGGGCAAGGAGAAGGAUGGCAGUAAGCCACCGGGCCAGCGGAUAUGGUCCUCUCUACUUGUAUGUGACGAUGGGACCGUCAUUUCAGUGUUUGAACGCCCCCAGCGCGGUGAACCUCACCUCGUUUCGAGGCGGAACGUCCUUAAUGUGUUCCAUCACCUCUCCAAGCAACAUAACAAGGACAGCUCGCGAGACGCCCUGAUGAAGGUGCGCGUGCGGUGGAACGAGUACUCCAACAACAACACAGCCGGCUACGAUCCAAAGGAGGCGGCGAGCCUUUUGUUCUACUACCUCUUCGACGACUGGGUCUCGACGUACAGGUUGAUCGCCCGGCUUGACCAUCCCUAUCGCAGGGAGCUGGAAGAGAUGCAACAGCUCAUGUUCAAAGCGGCCGACGUGUCUCACGUCAAGAAGGUGCAUGAGAUUGGGACCCAGCUGACAGUCCUCAAGCUCAUGUACGAGAGUUACGAGUGGAUCGUAUCGCGCCUCCUCCACAGUCAAAGAUUGGCAAUAGACGCCAACAGUCUACUCCUGUCGCCCCGGGGCACGUUCCACGAUCAAGACCUCAAGGCGGGUCAUCAGACUCCCGCAUCGCAUUUCGCCCCGUACGAGGAGGGCUUCCUGGCCGAUGAUUCGAGGUCAAAUGUCAAGUUGAGCUUUUCGGCCGUUGCCCGCUUCGAGAGACUGCUGGGAAGGAUUCGACUGUAUGCGCUGACGGAAAUCGACGAAUGCAUCAAGCAGAAGGAGUCGCUUGUGCUCAUGAACUUCAACUUGGUCGCCUUGAAAGAGUCCCAGGCCGUGGAGAGGCUCACCCGAACCACGAUCUUGCUGGCCAAAGCGACCAUCCUGUUCCUCCCGGUCAGUCUGAUGACCGGCUACUUUUCCAUCCAGCUUCCCGAGAUCGCCGAGCAGUACACCCUCAAGACGUACUGGCUCAGUUUCCUCGUCGUCAGCAUCCUUUCCAUCCUGUUCCUGGUGGUCUUCGGCAUCACCACCCACACGUUGGAAGGCCAGACCGUCUAUCGAUCCAUCACAGGCACAAUCGGAAGCGCGAUUUUCGACGCCGGCAAGAGGAAAAAGAAAUCGGAAUAAAGUCUGCCGUCACCGGGUGCCGUCCAUCCUCGAUGGCCAAGGCACCAUCUCUCUUUUGGAGCUAUCCCACUGAUAACAUCCGCCCUCCCCGACAUUGUAUCGAUAGUAGUUUUCCGUGCCGGCCGGAAUCAAGGCGCGGCGCAAAGUGAUGUUGAUGCGACCUCUGUCGGCCUCGGCGCCCUUUCGUUUCGGAAUGCUAUGCAGCCAGUUGGGCUGGGUCGGGCCUCGCAUCAGAAUCAUGUCGCCACUCGCCAGGGGCAGCUUGAUGUCCCUGGUCUCCAGCUCUGGCUCGCCAUCCCUGGGAGGUUUGUGCUUCAUCAGGAAAUCCCUCUUGGCCCCCAGCGUGAACGACGCGAUGGCUGGCUCGGGGCCCAGGAAUCGCUCAUCGUCGCUGUGAAACGAGAUGCUGUCGUUGCCGGAUGCAUAAUAGUUCACCAGGCAGAAGUUGUACUUGGUGUCGGUGUUUGCUUCAGUCACUCUGCGCAGGAGAUCCAGGCACUCCGGGAUGGGGCGUGGGUUGCACUUAUACUUGUCCUUUCGAACCGUCUUGGACGGGUCCGACGCCUCGACGAUGCGCAACCCGUCAUCCGCAAAGCGACUCGUCUCGUCGAGACCGAACACGGUGGUGAACCGCGGCGUGUUGACGAGGGUCUCCUUGCCGAAGCGUUUGAUGGUGUAUUUGACGCGGUAGAAGAAUAGCUCGGAGCGGAGGAAAGUGAAGAGCUCCCGUUCGAUCGAUUUCGGGAUAAAUGGUUGGAAAUACAGCAAGUCCAGGUCUUGUUGGUCCCUGAUCUCUUUGCCUUGGGCGGUGACCAGCAAUUCGAUCUCCGACGCGACAUGACUAGGCAGGUGAGGGAUCGGCCAGGGGUAUGUUGAAUGAUUUGUCGUCCUGGUCACGGAUCUCGGACCAGGGAGGGUGUCUGCCGUUGCUUCUGCGGGCUCGUCGGCGCGUGCCUUCUUGCUUGGCGUGGAGAAGUAUGUAUCCAGAGUGCGCUUGGCCAUCAUCUAGGAUCUUCGCUUUUGCAGCUUUCCAGGGAUUCAAGACCUCGAAUGGCUACGGACUUGGUGGGCCACCAGAUGGGUUGGGAACCUGGACGAGGCGGGAGGAUGACGGGCGGUGGCGGAGUAGCAUAUACAUACCUAGCUUUGAUAUCGACGACGUCAUGAUGCCUCAACGCGGACGCGUCGUCCAGGCGCGUGAAGUAUACGACCAGGAAGGACGAUAGACAUGGGAAAUGACAAAAGCCACAA